AUGUUAAGCUCAGAUAGUCAAAACGCAUCGAUCGGUGACUACGAUCAAGAUAUUGAGCACUAUAGUGAAGAGGAGAUAGACAUCAUGUCUUACUCUCCAGAGGUCGAGCAACGACCUAGCAAAGCCCCCGAGCGGGCCUCUACAACGCAAGAACCAACAAGGACGAGCGGAUCGUCAGGAUCCAGCUCAAGUGGUUCUGAAAGCUCGGGUAGUGAAGAGACCUCCACGAGUGGACGAGGUCUCCCGAGCAGAGGUGUUAGGGAAACACCGACCGGGGUGAUAGGGGAUCACCCGGAUACUAUCUCCCGACCACGCGAAGAGCCAGUCGAGGACGAGAUGGCCGAGCCAGCGGCCCGGGUAGAUGACGACGGCUUCCAGUUUCUCAACAGCGACAGCGUCGCGGGGGAAAUGAGUGACCUCACCAAGGGGGAGGCUGCACGGAUUGCGGAAAGGCUAAGCGGCCGGGUGGAGUUCGACACGAGCAGGCGGCUCGGGAACGUGAUCGACCGGCACCAAGGCAAAUGGAUCGGGAUGCACUACGACUCCCUAAUGGCCCCGAUUGAAUUCCCUUUCCUAGCAAUCCUGACGGCGUUCCUGGGCUAUUACCGGGUGGUACCGGCUCAGAUUUGCCCAAACGCGCACCGGAUUCUCGCCUGCUUCACCCAAAUUUGCGCUCAGCACCAAGUGGCGUGCUCGAUGGAGCUUUUCAACUACAUAUACCAGGUGAAAGUCCUCUCGGGAAACUAUGGAGGCGGUUUCUUGAUGAUGCAGUCCCGGGAAGGACGUUGCACGAUCUCCGGAUUGCCCGGGAACAACAAGGGCUGGAAGAAUCGAAUAUUCUCGGUCAAAUACGACCCAUGGAUUCUCCCGGUCGACAGGGUGUGGAGCACCCAUUUCAGAAAGCAAGUGAUACCGGACGAGACUCCACUCCUCCGGGAAGCCGUGAUGAGAACCUCGAGCGAGGUUCAUGAAUACAAGAUCUUCCGGACGGCGGAGAGCCUUGCCGCGGCCCGGUUGCCCGAACCGGUGUACGAGCUGAGAGAGAAGUACAAGCCGGUCCCGAUGGGAGUUGUGCCCGGAGCCCCCGCUCGGGGAAAACGGAAGGCAGCAGAUAUGGCGCCCAAGCGUGUAGUCCGCCCGAGCUCUCCCCCCCGAACCAAGAUCACGUUGGGGAAGAAGAAACCCGCCGCAGGCCCAUCCGGGGAAGAGUCCAUCCCGGUCGGGCGACCAGUCAACCCGGUCACUCUGGUGACCGAGGAAGGGGGCGUGGUAGACGCCUCGGAGACUCUGGUCACUCGGGUGACCAGUAAGUCGAAGGGCUCGAGCUCAAGCCGGCCGACCGAGACAUCGGCCCAGGAAGUGGCCGGAAACAAACGGCAGCGGUCGGAAAAGAGUCCGACUCCCACGAUCGGCUCCGGGAUGGCCGACGCUUCCAUUCUCUCGCGGAUCGGCAAUCUGACGCCGGUCGGUCCCGAGCUGUCCAGUCUGAGCUCGACCCAGCUGGCCGAGCGGCUGGGGUACGGUCUCACUGAGGUACGACCGCUUCUCUCUUUUCAUUCUAUAUCUUUUAAGUAUUAG